AUGGGAAAACGUGGCGGCAAAAAGGGUGGUAGAGGCGGCGGCGGCGGCGGCGCAGGCCGUACACGCUCUCAAUGGCAAGAUCUCACCAGAGAGAACGAGAAGUUCGAACGCUACUACAAUGAACCCGAGUUCCUUCCGGAGGAGGAAAAGGAGGUUUUUUGGGCUACUAUGCGCAAGGAUCUCCCCAACAGCUUCCGCUUCACCGGUUCUAGAGGACAUGCGCUGGCUGUUCAGCAACGUCUUAAGGACCACCACAUCCCCGAAAUCACUUCUAUCAAAUAUGAGGACGAAUUCGUCGAGCCCCCGCGCCCAGUUUCGUGGUACCCCGAUCAGCUCGCUUGGUCCAUGACCACUCCUAAGAAUGUCAUCCGUCGAUUUGCGCCUUUUUCCCAGUUCCAGAAGUUCCUUGUCGCCGAGACCGACGUCGGAAACAUCUCUCGCCAGGAGGUUGUCAGCAUGAUCCCUCCUCUCCUCAUCGACGCUAGACCUGGAAUGACUGUGUUGGAUAUGUGCGCUGCGCCGGGCAGCAAGUCCGCGCAGCUCAUGGAGCUGCUUCACGCAGGCGAGGAAGAUUCCAUUGCGCAAGUCACUGAACAGAUCAAGAGCGGCACUGCUGGAUCCGAACCUCUCGGCCCCGAAGGACUGAACGACGACGGCCGAAGCACCGGCCUGCUAAUUGCCAACGACAGCGAUUACAAGCGCGCUCACAUGCUUAUUCACCAGAUGAAGCGUCUGAGCUCACCCAACCUGAUCGUUACCAACCACGAUGCCACAAUGUUCCCUUCCAUCAAGCUGCCUCCCCUGCCCACUACCGAUGGCAGCAAGCCCAGAAACAGAUACUUGAAGUUUGACCGCAUUCUGGCAGAUGUUCCUUGCUCUGGUGAUGGUACCGCACGCAAGAAUGUCGGUGUCUGGAAGGACUGGACCCCUGGCAAUGCUUUGGGACUUCACAGCACGCAGUCUCGGAUCCUGGUUCGCGCCCUGCAAAUGCUGAAGGUCGGCGGACGUGUCGUCUACUCAACCUGCAGUCUGAACCCUGUGGAGAACGAGGCUGUUGUUGCCUCUGCAAUUGAACGCUGCGGUGGCGCUGCCAACGUUAAAAUCAUCGAUUGCAGCCAGGAGUUGCCCGGCCUCAAGAGAUCUCCUGGUCUGCACAACUGGAAGGUGAUGGACCGAGAGGGCCGCAUGUGGAACAACUGGCAGGAGAUUGAGGACCACCGAGAUCAGGAGGGCAUCAAUGGUCUUGCCAGACUUGCAGAGGGCAUGUUCGCUCCGACAGGCGAGGCUGCCAACCUGCCGCUUGACCGAUGCAUGCGUGUCUACCCUCACCAGCAAGACACUGGUGGUUUCUUCAUCACCGUUCUUGAGAAGAUCUCCGAAAUCAAGGCCAAGCCGGAGAGCAGCAACGUUAUCCCCAAGGCUUCCGUAGCAGCUCUCGCCGCGGAGCUUGAUUCUAAGAAGAACGAGGUAGAUGGAAAGCCCCUGGAGAAGCUCGAGUCGCUGGAUGAAUUGGUCACUCCCGGCCAAGAGGCCCAGGAGGAACUGGCAAAGAACGCUUCUGUUGCCGAGGCUGCCCACCAACUUCCGUACUCUGCUACUCUUGAUGCAUCUACCCCUGCCUCUCCCAUGAAGCGGGAUGCAGAUGACCUCGAAGAUGAACUUCCUGCCAAGAGGACUAAGCUCCACGAUGGUAGCGAGGUCCUUGUCGGUGACCGUCCCGUCCACACCCCUGCGCCUGCAGUGGGAACCGGCAUUGACACGCCUAGUGACAGCACACCUGCCACCUCUGCGGCUACCACACAGCCUUUCAAGAAGAGAGGUCCCCGUCAAGAGGAGCCGUUCAAGUACCUUGAUCCUAACCACGAGGAGCUUCUUCCCAUCUAUGAAUUCUACAAGCUGUCCGAACGAUUCCCCCGUGACCGCUUCAUGGUCCGCAAUGCCGAAGGUCUCCCGACCCGCACAGUUUACUACACCAGUGCCCUGGGACGUGAUAUUCUCACCUGCAAUGAAGGCCAGGGCUUGAAGUUCGUCCACUGCGGUGUUAAGAUGUUCGUUAAACAGGACGCACAGCGUGAGAACGUCUGCAGAUGGCGUGUCCAAACCGACGGCCUGAAGAUCGUCGAGCCUUGGUUGGGCCCUGAACGGUCCGUCAUCCUGACCAAGCGGGAGACUCUCCGUCGUCUCCUUGUGGAGAUGUUCCCCAAGGUCAAUGACGAUGGCUGGAAGGCUCUGGGCGAGAUUGGCGAGCAAGUGAAGGAUAUCCCCAUGGGAUGCAGUAUUCUUCGCGUCCAAGCGACCGGCGAAGAAGAUGGUCUUCCUGAGGCUAUGGUUCUGCCCUUGUGGCGAUCCCUCCAUUCUUUGAACCUCAUGCUUCCCAAGGAAGAGCGCCGUGCCAUGUUGUUGCGUGUUUUCAACGACUCUACCCCUCUGAUCAACACCACACAGAAGCAAAGUGACAAGACCGAGCCGACCGCUGAGGCUGAGGACAUUGCACUGAAGGAGGAGAAUGCCGAGGUUGGACAGGAAGCGCAGGACGACGUGGAUGAUCGUGAGACAUACACCAAGGAUGGCGAUGAGGAGGAUCGCUUCAACACCACCGUGUAA